AUGGUUUGUAAAAUUUUGCUCACAGACCCACCUUUCAAUCCUUCAAAGAACCGUGAAAAAAUGGUAGAGACCAUGUUUGAGAAGUACAACUUUUACUGGGGUCUUCAUUCAAAUCCAAGUUUACUGGCUGGAUUAGUCAUUGACUCUGGUGAUGGUGUCACUCAUGUGACUGUACUUAAAAUUGAGGUCGACAUUGAAGCUGUUUUAGAUGUUGUCCAUGAGGUUAAUUCAAAUGGCAAAACAUUUACCCUUAAGUUGAAGCUAAAGGUCAAGCUUUUGGAUUCUGUUGACACUAAGAUUGCUGUGGUUAAAAUCUUUUGGCCACCCAUUGGCCUUCCAACCAUUUUGUCUUUCCUGUGUGUUGAAAUAAACGAACAUGAAAAACCAUGA